AUGUUUUGUAGACAUACUCCAGGUCAAACACAGGAGUCAAACAUCUCGGUAAAAGGGAAAAAACGUAAACAUAAAAGGAAGUUAUGUCUAAGCAAACGAAAAAAACAUACAGUAAUUCAUACAGCUUCUCUACACAGUGAUCACUCCUCUUCAUCACUUACAUCUUCUUCUACAAUAGAUCAACAAAUGGUUAUUCAUAACACUACAGCAAGUUCAGACAUUCCUAUACAAACAACAACAAAAGGAAAAAUGAACAAAGGCAAAACACCAUUGAAAAAAUCUAAAAAACCAAACGAACCUCUGCAGUCAACACUUCCAGUAAUAUCACAACAUCUAAUACAAUGCUCAGUAAGCCAAUCAAAUGAGGAGGUUUUUAUUAACGAAGCAAGUAGAAUUAUAACUGCAUUCCCCAAUAAUCACAUUGCUAUACCAGGUCCAUCACGACUUUCAAAUACAAGAAAUGUUUAUUCAAAUUGUUGUAAGGAUGGUGCAGUACAUCUGCCUCCAUUUGAUUCAUAUCCUGAACAAUUAAGAGUACUAUUUCAAGAUCGAGAAUUUAUGGAAAACGUGCGUUAUUAUAACAAUAGUUUCGCAUUCGCCAGCCUAGCUACCAAUACUAUAAAUCCGCCUGGUCGAGGACCUUAUGUAUUCAAGGUACAGGGAGAAAUAAGACAUUAUAUAUCAAAUGUUUCAACAAAUAUUUCUAAUGAACGCAGACAAUACGGCAAUCUAUAUUUUUUGGAUACCGAACUGGCAAAUCAGCUUCGGUCUGCUGGCCCACAAAAUCGAACGGAAUUAAAUCGAGAAACCGUCGAUGUUAUUUCUAAUUACAUGCACAGCCACAAUCCUUUUGCUCAAGCGUAUAGAUUUCUUAAAGAUGUCUAUCAGGAACAACAACAUAACAAUCGUCAACUAACUUUAGAAUUGUACAUCAAUAACAACCGUGCUCGGGAUAUUAAUUUUAGACAAUAUGGCGCAGUACAAGCGAAUGAAAUAGCAGCCGUAUUUAUUUCUGAAGAUGGAAGACCGCCCCUGGAUCGUUGCUUACAUGUUUAUUGUCGAGACAACGAUCAAAUCAUCCACGAAUUACCAUAUCUUAGUGUUAACUGCGACGCAAUGACAUAUCCCCUAUUACAUCCAAGAGGUGAGCCAGGCUGGCAAUCUGGAACAGCGCAUCAACGUAGAAGAGGUGAUGUAUCUUUACUGGAAUACUACAGUUUUAGAAUAGCUGUUCGACCAGAUACUUUCAACCAAUUUGUAAUGGCAGGCAAGCUGACGCAACAGUACAUCGUAGAUGCAUACGUAAAAAUAGAACAGAGUCGAUUACAAUUUAUUACUGAAAACCAACCACGCAUCAGGCAAGAAAUAUUCCAAGGACUAAUCGACUAUUUAGACUCUAGACAACUUGAUGUUCACUAUCAACCAGGCAAUAUUUUCAUCCUACCGUCAACAUUCAUAGGAAGCCCACGCGCAUUUAGACAAAAUUAUUUGGAUGCCAUGUCUAUAGUCACAAAACAUGGGAAACCAGAUAUUUUCCUAACAUUUACUUGCAAUCCUGUUUGGCCUGAAAUUAGGAAUAACCUAGAUACAAACCAACAUUCCUCAAAUAGGCCCGAUUUUGUUUCGAGGGUGUUUAAGAGCAAAUUGAAGGAAUUAAUAGAAGAUAUUGAUAAACGACAUGUCAUGGGAAUUUGCGUUGCUUACGUUUACGUGAUAGAAUUUCAGAAAAGAGGCCUUCCUCAUGCGCAUAUGUUGAUUUGGUUGGAAGGAUCAGAUAAAAUCUUGGACUCUGCAGCAAUCGACCGUUUAAUUUCAGCAGAAUUUCCCGACCCUAUCACGCAUCCCAACUUGCACGAAUUGGUCAAAGUACAUAUGCUUCAUGGACCUUGUACUGCUGCUCGAUGCUUAGAUGACGAAGGACAGUGCAGCAAACAAUUCCCGAAAUCUUUGCGUGAAGAUACAUUAUACAAUUCCUCUGGAUAUCCGCUAUAUAAAAGACGGCCAAUAGAAGUACCUAUACACAUAGGUAGAAGAACAGUAGAUAACGGUUGGGUUGUACCAUACAAUGCUUAUCUACUUGAAAAAUACGAAGCUCAUAUUAACGUAGAGGCUUGUUCUUCAAUAAAAAGCGUGAAAUAUUUAUUUAAAUAUAUAUAUAAAGGAUUUGAUAGAGCUCAAAUUGUCGUGCGAACUGUAGAGGAACAAGACGGUCAAACAACAACUAUUCAGGAACCUAUAUACAACGAAAUUCAAACGUUCAUGGACGUUCGCUAUGUUAGCGCACCUGAGGCAAUGUGGAGAAUUUAUACAUUCGAAAUGCACGAUAUGUCUCAUGCUAUCAUCAAACUUACUGUACAUCUUCCCAAUAUGCAACAAGUCUAUUUUAAUACAAAUAGUACCAUCCCUGACGUUGUAGAAAGAGCCGCAACACAACACACUACGCUAACAGGAUGGUUCGCUUUGAAUGUACAAGACGAAGAAGCUAGGCAAUACACUUACGUACAAAUACCUUAUAAGUUAUAUUUUGUUCAUCCUAGAGAAGGUGAACGAUUUUAUCUUCGUCAACUUCUUUUGCAUAAAACAGGAUGUAGAUCAUUCGAAGACCUUCGAACUGUACAUGGCCGUACGUACGAAACGUUCCGUGACGCUGCUAUUGCGAUGAACCUUCUCACGGACGAUAGCAUUUGGUUUUCUACUUUGCAAGAGGCUAUACGCGUAGAAAUUCCACGAGCUCUUCGCCGCAAAUCAAAUAGAGACUUUCAACUACCCUUACCCACUGAACCAGUAGAACACCUAAUCGAAGAUGAAUACAAUUAUGACCAAGCAGACGAACAACAAAUUGCUAAUAGGAACAUUCCUCUGUUAAACCAAGAACAACGCCUUAUUUUUAACGACAUACUUUUGGCCCUAAACGAAAACGAAAGGGUUCCACAUCGUCUAUUUUUUAUUAACGGAAUUGGAGGUGCAGGAAAAACAUUUCUGUUGAAUACACUACUGGCUUACUUACUAGGAAAUAAUCACCGUUAUAUUGCUAUGUGUUAUACUGGCAUCGCAGCCAGCUUAUUGAAAAAUGGCCAAACGAUUCAUUCUUCUUUUAUGUUACCGGUUCCAUUUCUAGAAAAUUCAACGUCGAGGAUUCGCAAUCAGAGUACGAUUGCUGAUAAUAUUAGAUAUUCAAAAAUUAUUGUCAUUGAUGAAAUAUCUAUGGUACAUAAAAGUAUAUUCAAUGAGAUAGAUAGAAAGACAAGAGAAAUAAUGAACAAUGACAUUCCAUUUGGCGGCAAGAUUAUCAUAAUUCUAGGUGAUUUCAGGCAAUGCGCACCUAUCGUUCCGUUGGCAGGCAAAAAUGAAACUAUUUCUGCAUCAGUGAAAUGUUCCCAACUAUGGCAAUACUUUGUUCAGUACGAUCUUGUUACGAACGUUAGAGCAUUGCCACAAGAAAACGAAUUCAAAGAUUGGCUGAUGACCAUAGGAAAUAAUUCCGAAAUUUUACGUCGCUUAGAAAAUAGCAGAGACACUAUAGUUAAAAUUCCUAAUCGUAUCAUUGUAGAAGAUGUUACUGAAAGCAUAUACGGUAGUAAUUUAACUGAACACGAUUUCACAUUAUUACAAAAAGCGAUUUUGUCUCCACUAAACAUUCAUGUCAAGGAUAUCAAUUCAGUUGUUUUAGAAAAACUGCCAGGUAGGUCACGGCAAUACCUAAGUGUCGAUAGUAUUAUCCGAGAAGACGAUACAACCGAAAAUGCUGCUGAUGAUUUAGAUUCCGCAUGGCCGCAAGACUUUUUAAAUUCUUUGGAUGCUCCAGGACUUCCUCCCCACAUACUUACACUAAAGAUUGGCGCAGUUAUCAUUUUAACGAAGAAUUUAGAUGUGAAGAGAGGCUUAUGUAACGGCACACGUUUAUUGAUUCAUAAUUUACACGAAAAUUUUAUAGAAGCGAAACGAGUGGAAGAAUCUAAUAAUGAACCUUCGAUCGAAUUUAUUUCCAGAGUUGAUAAUAUCGCUCUAAAUUCUCUUGAUCUACCAGUCAACUUGAAAAGGAGACAAUUCCCUGUACGUCUGGCUUUUGCAAUGACAAUUAAUAAAAGUCAAGGUCAAACUUUGAACAGUGUCGGCUUAUUUUUACCAGUAACAGUAUUUGAUCACGGACAACUGUAUGUUGCACUAUCAAGAGCAAGAAGUUUUGAAAACCUCAAGAUUCAAAUGAUAAAUAUAGGUGACCGUCAACAUGUAGCUGAAACUCCAAAUAAUCACUCUUACACUGUUAACGUAGUAUAUAAUGAGCUAUUGCAAAGCAGCAUAAUCCAGUAA